AUGAUGAAAGCUGUGUGGAAGACCGUCAUCCUAGCUCUUGCUGUCACCUGCGCCGUUGCUGACAGGAAUGCUGACACCGAGGAAGACGAAACGAACGUCGGUCUAAGGGAGAAGAUCAUCAUCGCCUCCUACGGCACCACCACCUACACAGAGAUCUCCACCAAGACGACCGUGAUGCCCUACACGUGCUACACAACGAAAGCCCAGGCUUGCCAGGGAAGAAGAUUCCGCAGACGGCAGAGGGCCACACCAAUCCUGGAGGAGGACACCGCGGCGCUGGAAGCAACGGAUUUGGACACCUCGAAGGAGCUCCCUGGAGAGGAAGCACCUUCUGCCGAGAUGAGCCAGAAGGAAAGACUGGUCUUCACCGUCUGGCAGACGACGACGACAACUGCCACCAUCACGACCACGUCGGUGAACAGAUCCAUAACCAUAUCUGCAUCGGCCUACUGCACAUACACGGGAUUCACCGGACCAGUCUGCUAGGCCUAGGUGGUGAUUGUAUGCUUUGCCGGUGACCAUUCUCGCGAGUGUUGUUUCUCUUCACUUCUCGCCUAUUCCUGCAUCCUCAAAACUUUCGUCGUUUAAGAACCUCUCUCUCUCUCUCUCUCUCUCUCUCUCUCUCUCUCUCUCUCUCUCUCUCUCUCUCUCUUUCGACCAUGAAUCAAGUAAUGGAUUUCACUGACAUUGCGUCUAAUUUAUUUCGUGAGUGCGUGUGUAUUUAUUUAUCAAUAAGAGUACAUGUACUGAAUACUGACCACGGGAAAUGUAAUUUAAUCAAAGGAAUGCAAAUAUUGACUUGUUAAGCAUAGAAGCUAUAUCAUAUAUUCCUUUCAUUCUGCUCUGAAGCAUGUGUAUACAUAUU